AUGGUUCUUCCAAGAUUGUACGCUGCGAGACGCGCUGGUGUGUCAGCCGUCAGAACUCUCGCGACUCAGGCCGCGGCCGCCGGUAAGGUUCGUGCCGUGAUCGGUGCCAUUGUGGACGUUCAGUUCGAGCAAGGUAACCUUCCAGAAAUUCUAAACGCCUUGGAGAUCGACACCAAGCAGGGCAAGCUUGUCCUAGAGGUGUCGCAACAUUUGGGUGAAAACACGGUGAGAACGAUCGCCAUGGACGGUACCGAAGGUCUCGUUCGUGGUGAGAAGGUUUCCGACACCGGGGCUCCUAUUUCGGUGCCUGUCGGUAGAGAAACGCUGGGCCGUAUCAUUAACGUUGUGGGUGAGCCCAUCGACGAGCGUGGUCCUAUUGUGACCAAGAAGAGAAUGCCUAUUCACGCCGAUCCUCCUACUUUCGUGGAGCAAUCCACCGCCGCUGAGGUUUUGGAAACUGGUAUCAAGGUUGUCGAUCUGCUUGCUCCUUACGCCCGUGGUGGUAAGAUUGGUUUGUUCGGUGGUGCCGGUGUCGGUAAGACCGUGUUUAUUCAAGAACUGAUCAACAACAUCGCCAAGGCUCACGGUGGUUUCUCCGUUUUCACCGGUGUUGGUGAAAGAACCAGAGAAGGUAACGAUUUGUACCGUGAAAUGCGCGAAACUGGUGUCAUCAACCUCGAAGGUGACUCUAAGGUCGCUUUGGUUUUCGGUCAAAUGAACGAACCUCCUGGAGCUCGUGCCCGUGUCGCUUUGACCGGGUUGACCAUCGCCGAAUACUUCAGAGACGAAGAGGGACAAGAUGUAUUGCUCUUCAUCGACAACAUUUUCAGAUUUACCCAGGCCGGUUCCGAAGUGUCUGCUCUGCUAGGUCGUAUCCCAUCCGCUGUCGGUUAUCAACCAACUUUGGCCACCGAUAUGGGUCUCUUGCAAGAAAGAAUUACCACCACAAAGAAGGGUUCCGUCACCUCCGUGCAAGCCGUCUACGUGCCUGCUGAUGAUUUGACCGAUCCUGCCCCAGCCACCACUUUCGCCCAUUUGGACGCCACCACUGUGUUGUCCAGAGGUAUUUCUGAGUUGGGUAUCUACCCAGCUGUUGACCCAUUGGACUCCAGAUCCAGACUAUUGGACGCUUCCGUUGUCGGUCAAGAACAUUACGACGUUGCUCUACAAGUCCAACAGACUUUGCAAGCCUACAAGUCUUUGCAAGAUAUCAUUGCCAUUUUGGGUAUGGACGAAUUGUCUGAACAGGACAAGUUGACCGUCGAAAGAGCCCGUAAGAUUCAAAGAUUCUUGUCUCAACCAUUUGCUGUUGCUGAAGUCUUUACCGGUAUUCCAGGUAGAUUGGUCAGAUUGAAGGACACCAUUUCUUCUUUCAAGGCUGUCUUGGACGGUAAGUACGACAACUUACCAGAAAACGCUUUCUACAUGGUUGGUGGUAUUGAAGAUGUUGUUGCUAAGGCCGAGAAGUUGGCUUCUGAAGCCAACUAA